AUGAGGAGCCACCGCCGUCGCGCCCAUUCGCGGGCGGUGAAGACGCUGCUGGACGACGACGACCUCCUCGCCGAGAUCCUCCUCCGCCUCCCGCCGCAGCCCUCCUCCCUCCCCCGCGCUUCCCUCGUCUGCAAGCGCUGGCACAGCCUCGCCUCCAACCGCGGCUUCUCCCGCCGCUUCCGCAUCCACCACCGCCGCAAACCUCCCGUCCUCGGCUUCUUCGACGGGUACUCCUGCGGCUUCCAACCUACUCUGGAGCCCCCCAAUCGUGUCCCGCCUGGCCGCUUCUCCUUCCAGGGCGGCGUCGGCGACCGCAUCGAGUCCCUCGGAUGCCGCCAUGGCCUCGUGCUGAUCUUCAACGCCGAGCGGAAUCACUUCCUGGUCUGGGACACCGUCACCGGCGACCAGCGUCGCGUCGCCAUUCCCUCGGGGCUCGCUACACGUGCAGACAAGCUACUGAUCAACGGAGCGGUGUUUCGGGAAGGCGGAGACGCCCACUUCCAGGUGGUCCUGACUGUUAGGGAGAACGACGACAAACAACGUCGACGAGCGCUUGCCUGCGUUUACUCGUCGGAGACCGGCUUAUGGGGCGAUCUCAUCUCAACACCCCUUCCAUCCAAGGUUCCUACCAGUGGCUACAGCGUGCCCACCGUGGUUUUUCCUGGCAAACCUUCUGUGCUCGCUGGGAAUUCCAUUUACUGGAUGCUUAUUGGGAACUUCAAUGGAAUUCUUGAGUUAAACUUGGAAAAGCAAAGCCUAGCUGUGGUACGGGUGCCAGAGCGGAUGCUUCGGUUCCAAUUCUUCAUGAUGCGGGCAGAGGGUGGGGGCCUUGGUUUACUCUUGGUAACAGGCAGCGGCAUCCAAUUGUGGAAGAGGAACACUGAUUGUGAUGGUAGUGCUUCAUGGGCGCUCGGAAGAACUGUUGAACUGAAUAAGCUGCUUUCCCUGAAUUCACAUACCAAAAUAGUAAUUGGUUUUGCUGAGGAAAAUAAUGUGGUGUUCCUGUGGGCAGGUGGCCCUGUCUUUAUGGUCCAUCUUGAGUCAUUGCAGUUCAAGAAAUUAUUUGAAACCAACAUAGUUUCGGAAUAUCAGCCAUUCGAAAGUGUCUUCACGACAGAAACAGGCAUUGGUGGCGGAAAUGAUGCAGCUGAUAUUCUGCACCAUCCAUAAGAUGAUUGUCUGGUUCAAUAUGCUAUUGUGAUGUACUAAUUGAGCAGAUAUAGGAUCACAUUCUGGUGGCUGAGAUGCAGAAAUGGGUGGUGUCCUCUGUAGGUUCUUCCAUUUAUACGCUGUGCUUCAUCCGGAAAUUGGCCCUCUAUACUGGUCAAUUGUCAAGUUUGGCUUCUGCGAAUUUUAAUCGCUUCAUUUGCUAAAUUACCUUCUAUUAUCUAGUCUCUGUAGACAUUAGUUAACCGGCAUGAAGUCAGAGUGACUUGCUUGGCGUAGUGAUUGGUGUUUACCCUGUCAGUUAAUCCUGAGUUCAUUUGCUUAUGUCUUCCAAGCAAGCACGUUAAUGCAGGUCACCUGUGGGUUGUGUACUGGUGUGUGUUACUUAUGUACCGUUUACUUCUGUCAGUUUAACCCAUGUUGUGUCGUGUUGGGAUUUCAACUUUAAAUCUCUGCUUAUGUUUCAUCACAUGGUGCUCCCUUUAUUUA